AUGACUGAUAUGCAAAAUUUUCAGGCCGAUCUGGAAAAGAAAAUCCUACUACUGGAACUGGAUAGUGAGAAAGAUAUGUGGCCCAAGAAAGAGAGGACCUGUACAAUAUGUUUGACAUCCAUGAAACCUGGCCAUGGCCAUGCCAUUUUCACGGCAGAAUGCUCACACUCCUUUCAUUUCCAUUGUAUCACAACUAAUGUAACACAUGGAAAACGAAGUUGUCCGGUUUGCAGAGCGAAAUGGAAAGAAAUACCCCUCCAGAGUCCUGUUACUAAUAAACCCCAUGGAAAACCGAGCUUAAACAAUAUGUCUUUGCCUCGAGAUGAUGCCUGGUUGACCGUUAUAAGACGAUUGCCCCAUUCCCGAGUGGGUGCCAAUCAACACGCUUCUUCAUUUUUUCAUUCGGUGGAACCUAGGGUGUUCGAUGAUGAUGAACUUAUUAGUCAUCCACCUGAUGUCACCCUCUCUUCCUGUAAUGAUGUGGCUGAUGACCAUUCUGUCGGAGUCGUGGAGGUUAAAACAUACCCAGAGGUUUCUGCUGUUCCAAAGUCGACAUUCCACAAUAAUUUUGCUAUUCUGAUUCAUCUCAAAGCUCCCGCUACUACCAGCUCCCAACUUUCUGGAAUAGAUCAAACUUCUCGUGCUCCAGUUGAUCUCGUCUCUGUGAUUGAUGUUAGUGGUAGCAUGGCAGGUAGCAAGCUCGCCUUGCUGAAACGGGCAAUGGGAUUCGUGAUCCAAAACCUCAGCCCUUCUGAUAGGCUUUCAGUGAUUGCCUUCUCAUCCACAGCUCAUCGUCUUUUUGCUCUUCGUAGGAUGACCGAUACUGGAAAGCGUGAAGCUUUACAAGCUGUUAAUUCUCUAAGAUCAAAUGGUGGGACAAACAUUGUCGAGGCUCUUAAGAAGGGUGCCAAGGUGAUGACUGACCGCAAGUGGAAAAAUCCGGUUUGUAGUAUUAUACUGUUGUCGGAUGGACAAGACACGUAUGCUGUUAGCAGCCCAAGUGGUUCCAACGCCCCCAAUAACCCCCAUACUGAUUACCAAUCAUUACUCCCGAAUUUCAUGAAUCACAAUAGUGCUUCUGAUUUCCACAUUCCUGUACAUGCAUUUGGAUUUGGUACAGAUCAUGAUUCAGUCUCAAUGCAUUCAAUCUCAGAAACUUCUGGGGGAACGUUUUCUUUCAUAGAGACCGAAAGUUCGAUUCAAGAUGCUUUUGCUCAGUGCAUUGGUGGGAUUUUGAGUGUUGUUGUUCAGGAAUUACGGGUGGAAAUCGAGUGCAUUGAUCCUGUGCUACAACUCAUUUCAAUAAAAUCGGGAAAUUACAGAACCAGUUAUACAUCCGAUAGAAGAAAUGGCACCAUAGAAGUUGGAGACCUAUAUGCUGAAGAAGAAAGAGAUUUUCUGGUAACAACUGAUAUUCCAAUUGACGGAUCCCGUGAUGAGAUAUCACUACUAAAGGUUCGUUGCAUUUUCAAAGACCCUGUUUCCACUCAUUUAGUAACUCGGAAUUCUGCAACUGAUGUAAAAAUUCAAAGGCCAGUGGUAACUGGACAAGGCGUGGUUUCUUUAGAAGUGGACAAGCAAUGGAACAGGCUCCGAUCUGCUGAAGCCAUGGAAGAAGCUAGGGUUGCUGCUGAACGAGGUGAUUUAGCUUCUGCCGUGACUGUCCUGGAGAAUUGUCGUAAACAAUUAUCAGAAACUAUUUCAGCACGAGCCGGAGACAGUUUGUGUCUUGCAUUAGAUGCUGAAUUACAAGAAAUGCAAGAGAGAAUGGCUAACCGUCGUGUUUAUGAAACAACUGGAAGGGCUUAUGUUUUGUCUGGAUUGAGCUCACAUUCAUUGCAGAGAGCAACUGCACGAGGUGAUUCAAUGGAUAGUACGAGCCUGCUGCACGCUUACCAGACCCCUUCCAUGGUCGAAAUGGUUAACCGAUCACAGACUAUGGUCUUUGAGAGGUCAUCUCCUAAACCUUCUCUCAGGCCAUCGCGAUCUUUCCCUGCACAGCCACGACCAAGGUUUAUGAAUUUACGAGAGAAACUGGAGCUGAAAACGCGAAGGAAAAAUUAG